AUGGUUUACUACUUCACGGCCGAAUAUGGUGACCUGUCUGAGUUGGAUGAUUUCGGUUUUGGCAGCGCUUCCGUCCAAACAGCUACUAUAUAUAUGGGAAGAGAUAAGGUAGAGAAUGAUCCUCUAAUCAAGCAUUCGAACCCUAAGAAUAUCUGGUUUCACGUGGAUAACUAUUCGUCUGCGCAUUUGUAUUUGCAGCUCAGUCAAGAGGACCUCAUAGCUCCCAAACCGUUUGAAAAAUUUGUCAUUGAAGAAAGCUUGCUUGCACAGUUAGCACAAUUGACUAAGGCUAACUCGAUCAAAGCUAACAAGUUGAACAAUAUUACAGUGAUAUAUACUCCGGUGGAGAAUCUCCAUACUGAUGGGUCUAUGGACAUCGGGACGGUGACAUUCAAGAAUCCAAAACUUGUUAAAAGAGUAAAGGUGGUAAAGAAGGAGAAUGCUAUUGUAAACAAGUUGAACAAGACAAAAACUGAGAUAUCUACUGAAAAGUUUAUCGAAGAGCAACAGAGUACAGUCAAAGACUUGGAACGACAACGUAAGAAUCAGGCUCGUGCCACUGACCAGUUGAACAAGCAGUUUGAAGAGCAGAAGGCUAGAAACGCAGACCCAUAUGGCGACUUGUUGAAUUCAGACAAUAUCCAGCACAGUAGUAAUGAGUUCCGAAAUGAGAACUGGACCGAAGAAGAGUUCUGGUAG